GAAAUAAACGGAAAAGCUGCUAAUCACUAUAAAAUCAUGGUGAAAUGUAUAACAUCGAUUUAGUUAAACUGUAUCCAUGCACAGUAUUUACGCCACUCGUUAUAUCCCAUCUUGAAAGGACUUUUAAUCUACAUACAUUCAAUAUAAAACGUACUGUGAAGCGCUAACUUCAAUUGGAGUUUGAAUGGAUCUCAUCUCAUAUUAUCCAAUGAAGUUGUGUUAUCACAUCAAGGAUUCUAAGUAUAUUCCAUCUACUGAAUACAAACUGUUAAUUUGAUUGUAGAAACCAAUUUUAUUCAAUGUUAUUCAGUCAAUUACAAGUGACUAAUUUAAAACUUAUCUAUUCAUUGCAUAAUAAUGACAUUAAUCGAAGUGAUACUACUAACAAUGACAAUAAUAAUAAGCAUUUAAUUCAAUACUCUGAUCAUGUGAAUACAAUAUUUACGAUUAUCAAAGGGAUUAUAUAUAGUAUCAUCAUAAUAUCAGCAUUAUUCGGUAAUGCUUUAGUAUUUAUUGCAUUUCUACGCUUUACUCGAUUAAGACGUGUACGUACAAAUAUAUUCUUGAUGUCUUUAGCAAUUGCUGAUUUUAUUGUUGCUCUAUUAGUUAUGCCAUUCAAUGCUAUCAUGUCAUUAUCAAAUCAUAAAUGGAUAUUUGGUAAAUUAUUUUGUGAUAUUUAUAAUGCUACUGAUGUCUUAUUCAGUACUGCAAGUAUACUUCAUUUAUGCUGUAUAUCAACAGAUAGAUAUAUUGCUAUACUUCAUCCAUUAAAUUAUGAAAUGAAAAUGUCUAGAAAACGUAUCAGUGUACUAUUAUGUCUAACAUGGACUCUGUCAUUUAUUAUAUCUUAUAUACCUAUUUUAAUGGGAUGGCAUAAACCUUUCACUAAGUCAUUGAAGUUGAUUACUUCAAGUCGAACUAGCCAUAGGUAUACUGAUAUGAAAUACAAUGUAGUUGAUGAAGAUGAUGAUGAUGAUGAUGAUCCACUGACAUGUGAUUUCAACGUGAAUCCAUAUUAUGCUACUAUAUCAUCAUCAAUCUCAUUUUGGAUACCAUCUAUUAUUAUGGUUGUAGUCUAUAUACGUAUAUUUAUUGAAGCUAGAAGGCAAGAGAGAAAAAUUGCACAAUUACAAAUUCAUUCACACCAACAUAGUAAUAAUAAUAAUAAUAAUGGUAACACCGUAGACAAGCAAACAUACAUCACUAUUAAACCGCUGAAUAUAUUCAAGAGACGGCGCAAAUCAACAGAAAAAUUAUGCAUAAAUCCCUGUAUGAAUAAACAGAGUAAAUACUCAACUGAUUAUCUCAAUAGUACACGAAAUCUUUAUAUAAUAGAGGAGAAAUUUAAUGCACAAAUUAAAAUGAAACAUGAAAGUAAAGCAGCACGUACAUUAGGUAUUGUUAUGGGAGCAUUUUUAUUAUGUUGGUUACCAUUCUUUUUAUGGUAUACUAUAACAAAUUUAUAUAAAUGUCCAUAUCCAAGUGUACUACAAGAAAUACUAUUUUGGAUUGGUUACUUUAAUUCAACUAUUAAUCCAAUUAUUUAUGCAUUUUAUAAUAGAACAUUUCGUAAUGCAUUUAUUGAAAUUAUUGAAUGUCAUAAAUUGAACAUUUCAAAUGAUGAUACUCCACAACAACAACAACAAGUGGAUAGUUAUAGAUCACCGAUGACAAGGAGAACAAAAAUGGAUCCAUUAAAUGAUGUACGGCAGACAGAUAUAACAAUUGAAUACAGUAAUAAGUCUAUGAAUAAUGUUCAUUCCACUGAAAAUAGUACUGAUUUGCUCUAAAAAAAAAGAGAAACAGAAAUAAGGUGAAACAUUUUUUAAGUUAAAAUUGUGAAUCAAAGAGUUUUUUGAUAUAUCACUUUACAAAAGAUAAACAGUAUUAUUUAUUGUAUAUAAUUUUUGUUGAUUACUUCGUUCACAACAUGAGGCUAUGCCACUGAUGAGGUA